AAGCCUCUUGUUGGACUGGUGACACAGGAUGUCUGACAUGCAAGCCUCUCUUUCAUUUCAUGUUCAUUUGUUUUUUCAGAAGAAUGAAGGCACAGUGUUCCAUUUGUACUGAUUUGUUUGAAGAUGAUAAUGCUAUAUCAGCUUUACCAUGUGGACAUACCUUCCACGAAAACUGCAUAAAUCAAUGGUUAAAAAAUGCCAAUACUUGUCCAAGUUGUCGAGUUCCUGUAGAGCGAGGAAAGGCCAUUAAAAAACUAUUCUUUGAUAAAGGAGAUGACGAAGGAAUAGAUGAAAGCAAAUUAUCCAAUGAAAAUAAUAAUCUCAAAGCUAAGCUACGAGAAAAAGAUCGUGAACGUGAAAAAUUUGACGAUGAAAAACAAACAUUGCAGAGCAAGAUUAAAAAUCUGGAGAUAGAGAUUAAGAACCAAGAUGUCAAAAUCAAAGAGAAACAAACUACAGUGUCCUCUAUGAAGAAAGAGUUACAAUACUUCCAGGCUCAGCAGAAAUCACUAGAAGUAGAAAGAGAUGAAUGUAGGAAGGCCAAACGCAAAAUGAUUGAACUGCAAAAUGUUCAAAUACUCUUAACAGGUUGUGAGACCGAUGUACAGGAACUAUUAGAAACAAGAACUAACAGUGAUGGCUCUGUUAAAGAACUUGCCAAAUAUUGUGCAAUAUUAAAAAGUGAAUUUGAACAACUUAAAUCUAGUCGAAAAGCUAUCAAAUCUGAAUAUGAAAAAUUUAAAAGAGACUUUAUUUCCAAAGAUACCAAGCUAAAAGACACAUCAAAAGAAUUAUCAUAUUUAAGAGAGGUGUCUAAGAAAUCAGAAGAAGACUUACAAAAAGCAGAAAAACAUAAUGAUCAUUUACAGAAAAAGGUGUCUAAGUUACAGAACUUGUUAAAGAGUCCAAGAGUAAAUGGUAAUGACAGCUUUAUAGAGACGGUUACUCAGGCUAGUCCUAUGAUAUCUACACCAGUACUGACAAAUUUCUCUCACAACAUUAUAUCAGAUACACCAGAAAUAGUCAAGCCUAGUCCAAAUACUCAGUUACGACACCAUUGUCAAGAAAAUAAUAUCAAGGUUAUGAAGAUUACUUCAGCCUCAAGUCAACCACCAGCGAAAAAACAAAAAUGUGAUGAUGUUAACACAUUAGGCAACUUAAAUAUUUUCAAGAAGAAAUCAGGACUUGGUGAUAUGAAAAGUGCAAUACGUAAAGGAUAUGAUGGACUUGGAGGUCACAUGACAUUUACAGAACGUCAGAUGAAGCCAAAACUGGCAAUGAAGAAGUCUGUUAGUAGAACAGUUGAUAUAAGAAAAGGGAAGAUGGCACGUGUUCCUAAGCUUCCAUCGCUUGAUAAUUUUAUCACCAUCGAAUAACAUGCUAACAUAUUUGUGCUAGUUGUAUAUGGAUUGUUAAUUAAAAAGUCAUGUGAUUAACGCAUUUGAUAUAUUUAGUUAUAUAUAUUAUAAUAUGUCAAUAAAGAAAAAAACUUAUUUCUUUAAGAGUACUAAACAAAUUUUAAUGUGCUAGUCUGUUUGAGUUAUACAUAUCUUUGAAAAUCAUGAAAAUAUCUUUUGUAAAUUCAGAAAUUAUUGCAAUGUUUUUAUUAAUGUGAAGUAUGUGACAGUAUCAGGUUUUGCAAUAAUAAAAACUUGCAUUUAUAAUUUCAGUAAUGAUUUUCCGUCAUUGAAUGUUUGCAAUCCCAUUUAUUAGAUUUUGCAUUUUUGCCAGUAGUCAAGGAUUCCCAAUAAUAAACGCAUGUAUUAAUUUCUGAAUUUACAGUAAUUAAAAAUCAGAAUUUUUAAUAAUGUUGCUUAUUUAGCAGUGCAUAUUUAUCUAUGAUGUUGUAUACAAACUUUGCAAGUUAACUUCAAAACUCUGCAUAAGUCAUUAAGAAUUUUAUUAACAAGAUAAGGUAAUGGAGUGAAUACAUUGACCAUGACAGCAACUGGUCAUGUGUUCAAUGCUUAAUUCUAAACAACUUAUCUUAAAUAUGAAUGAAGAUCUUUUUUGUCUCGGGUCUUUGAUUUGUUAGUGAGUAAAUGAUACUUCCAAGGACAAUUGAAUGGAUGUUGAAGUUGUAUUCUGUAACUCAGGCUUCCUCUGUAUGGCUGCUUGAUUGAUGAUACAGACAGAGCAAUUUUUGUAGUUUUAAAGUUAAUGGUAAAAAGGGGAUAAGGUGUUGUAUACUGGUAUAAUUAUACAUUAUUUACAUUUGUAUUAUCAUGGUUUAAUUUGAAUUUUGAUGUUUCCAUCAUUCUGGACACUUUUAGUUGUGCAUCAUUUGUAUUUUUGUAAGGCAUCUUUGGGUAGUAAAAAUGUGGAUCAAAUUAAAAUUAAUUGUGAACAGAUUUGCUAAAAAUCCAUUAAAAAAAAGUCUCAACUUAUGAAUUCUUAAAUAUUUCUGUUGUUAAAAUGCAUUACCUCAUUGCCAAAACUUCAGGAAAUUUUUAAUUUUACAAUAAAUCAUCUUACUGAAAGUUUGAACAGAAAUGUUUAUAUGGUGUAUAUGAAAAUAUGAAUUAUUUGUAUGAUUGAUUGUGUGUACAUAAUGGUGUGAUUUAUACCUCAAAUAUGUAAAUGUUUGCAUGGGAUGAUUUUGUGAUAUGUUUUUGUGUAUAAGAUCAAGAUUUUUAUCAUAAAACAUAA